AAACUUCAAAUCCGCAUGAUGUUGAUCAAAUGGCUCUUGGAUUUUCAACGGUGCCCCUCUCUCUCUCUCUCUCUCUCUCUCUGCGUAUGUAAAACGAUGAAGAAAAGCACCCUUUUUGAUGAAUAGUUAUCCUUAUAAUUAUACAGAUGGAAUCCUUCCCUUAUUGCUCUUCCUUAUUUUUUGUUCGUUCAUUCUUCACAUGAUUACAUACAAAACAUUCAUUCCCACCACCAAUUGCCCACAAUUUUGACCUCUUUCUCUUUUGUCCUUCUCUUCUGGACUGUACAGCGAGAAUCCUAUACAAAGGAACCACAAAAUUAUACCCAUUUUAGGAUAACCCAUAAAUUUCUUAUUUUGGUUUUGUGUGUUCGUGGGUUGGCUUUGUUUUAUAUGAAUGGAGUCAGGUAGCAUUGAUAUCGUGCCAUCCCCGGAUGUGAUGGAUGAGGACGAGAUCCAUCACCAUCACCAUCAGUUCCCUUCGAUUUCCAAGCCUCACAACAACAACAACAACAGUCCCAGCACCACCAGCGUCCAUGAGCUUCUUGAAUGCCCUGUAUGCACUAAUUCAAUGUACCCCCCAAUCCAUCAGUGCCACAAUGGGCAUACCCUCUGUUCGACCUGUAAAACAAGGGUACACAACCGGUGUCCAACUUGUAGGCAGGAGCUUGGCGACAUUAGGUGUCUAGCAUUGGAGAAGGUAGCUGAAUCACUUGAACUGCGCUGCAAAUACAGCUCUCUUGGGUGCCCUGAGAUAUUCCCUUACUAUAGUAAACUCAAACAUGAAGCUGUUUGUAACUUCAGACCAUACAACUGUCCAUAUGCUGGAUCGGACUGCUCUGUCGUUGGAGAUAUUCCAUUCCUUGUUGCCCACUUAAGGGAUGAUCACAAGGUUGAUAUGCAUUCUGGAUGCACUUUUAACCAUCGUUAUGUCAAGUCAAAUCCCCGAGAAGUAGAAAAUGCUACUUGGAUGUUAACUGUCUUCCACUGUUUUGGUCAGUACUUCUGUCUCCAUUUUGAAGCCUUCCAGCUUGGCAUGGCUCCUGUUUAUAUGGCAUUCCUCCGUUUCAUGGGUGAUGAAAACGACGCUAGAAACUACACCUAUAGCCUGGAAGUUGGAGGAAAUGGUCGAAAACUGACUUGGGAGGGCAACCCAAGAAGCGUAAGGGACAGCCACAGGAAAGUUAGAGAUAGCCAUGAUGGCCUCAUUAUACAGCGGAACAUGGCACUUUUCUUCUCUGGAGGGGAUAGGAAAGAGCUCAAGUUGCGUGUUACGGGCCGGAUAUGGAAAGAACAGCAGAACCCAGAAGGCGGGGCCUGCAUACACAAUCUUUGUAGUUAGCCUGGAUCUCUCUCUCUCUCUCUCUCUCUCUCUCUUCCCUGUGUGCUGUACUUUCAUGCAUUAUGUUGGGAACAAUAAUAAUAUUAGUAGAUGACGCAGAUAACAUUGCUUGUCAUUAAUUAUGCAUGGUGCUGAAGGUUUCAACCUUU